UACUUCCACACGAAAAUACUUUUUUUCUGUGAUUAUUCGGCUUCGAAUCGUCGUUGGAGUAAAAACUUUUUUUUUCUCGUCGCCAAAAGUUACUUCAAGGUCAAAUGUUGAGGCGAAAAAUCUCCUUGUCCCAGCCUCGUAGUUAUGGCAAGCAAUCUGAACCGAGUUUGGCAUUCAAAACAGAUGUCGGAGAUCGACGAUGGAAAGCUGUGAUGGGCGAAAUGACUUCUGAAAUUGUAUGUGAAGCACAAUCCGUGAAGGCUUUCACUCUCGAAAAAGGUCAAUUGUGUCGAAUUCGGUUAAUUGAAGGAUCACAAGUCGCUACUGUUAAUUUUUGGAAUGCUGACAACAAAAAAGAGCAUUUCUCGCAAGGUUUAACCCGAAUUUACAACUCGACUCAUCUCAAAGUCUUCGAUCAACUUUGGAGUGCCUUCCCUCACGUUCGACCAAUGGCAACGUUUGCCUUUGACACGAACAAAUCCUAUGGAAUUGAUGCUGAUCGUGCCGGAUUACACGAUGUUUUGCGCCCAAUUAGUGAGAAAAGGGUUUUUGAUGAAAUCACAAAGGUCGUUAAGGAUUACGGAUUGACGCUGAAUGACGUGCACGAUGGAUGGAAUGCAUUUUGUUGCAGCGGAUUGUCCGAUACUCAUGAAUAUUUCGAGAAAUCGAACACAACGAAGAAGGGAGAUUACGUUGAAUUUAUCGCAGAAAUGAAUUUAAUCGUGGCAGUGAGCACUUUUGUUUGUGCAACGUUCGAAACGAGCGAUGGGGAACGCGUUGGAGAGGAAUAUUUUCCCGUUCAGAUUGAAAUUUUUCAGGAAAGUGAGGAGAAGGAUGAGGAAAUUAAUGGAGAUGAUGAAUAAAUUUUUUGAGAGUUGAAAAUAAAAAUUAAUUUUUUUUUAUUUUUCAAUUUUCAAGGUUGAGAACCAUCCAAAAGUUUUUUUUCUAUAACUUUGGUUCAAUUUGGCUUUGAAAUCAAAUUUACAAU